CACUAAAAGACUAAAUCAAUAACAUGUCCCUACCCCCACAGUUUGCGCAAACUAUCACUGUCAUCUGCACUUUCCAUCAUGAGGACACUUUUGAUCUGCUUUGUUUUAUUGUUCCAGUUCAUCGGGGCGGUCAGCACUGAAACACGUGAUCAAAUUCUGUCCAUCACACCGACAACACCGGUGCAAGUGGACAUUUUGAAGAAUAUCUCCACUCAAUAUGAGACUGCAUUGUGGCAGCCUGUACACCACCAGUACAUCCAAGAGGAAACGCAAGUUCACCUCUUUGUUCCUGCAAACAGCUCAGCUGUGGUCAAAGAUGUGCUGCAGCGAUAUAAAAUAACACAUGAAGUGUUAUUGGACAACGCCAAUGAGUUGAUCGAAAUGCAGACGAGGAACGACACGACGGACCCUCGAAGCAGCACGUCUUUCUACGAGCGCUAUCACAGCCUGGAGGAUAUCUAUCAUUGGAUCAACAGGACAACAAAGGACAACCCCAACGCCAUCCAAACUAUUCUCCUGGGCUCCUCCUACGAGAAGCGCCCACUCUAUGCUCUUAAGUUGUCACUUAACAGUGAGAAUAAAAAAGCCAUGUGGAUCGACUGUGGGAUCCAUGCCAGAGAGUGGAUCUCUCCUGCCUUCUGCUUAUGGUUCAUACAAUAUGCCUUGGGUUUUUACAAACAAAACCAAGACAUAACUGACAUUUUGGACAACAUGGAUGUGUACGUCCUGCCUGUGAUGAACCCUGAUGGAUAUCACUACACAUGGACUACAAACCGAAUGUGGAGGAAGAACCGUUCCAACAGAAGAGGCAGCUUAUGUGUUGGGGUUGACCUCAACAGGAACUUUGAUGCAAACUGGUGCACGGAGGGUGCCUCUGACGAGCCCUGCAGCGAGAUCUAUUGCGGUGCUUUCCCUGAGUCAGAGCCCGAAUCGGAGGCCGUCGCCAAUUUUCUGCGCAGUCACAAGGACACCAUCCAGCUUUACCUCACCAUGCACUCCUACUCCCAGAUGCUGCUCUUCCCAUACUCCUACACCUUGAAGGAGGCCGAGAACCACAAUGAUAUGAUGGAGAUGGCCCAGGAAGCUUCACAAGCCAUCAGAAGAUAUUACAGAAACAUGUACAAAUAUGGCGCAGGAGCCAAGACAAUAUACCUGGCUCCCGGUGGGUCUGAUGACUGGGCGUACAAUCUUGGCAUCAAGUAUUCCUUCACGUUCGAGCUGCAGGACCGCGGACGCUAUGGCUUUCUUCUGCCACCGUCUCACAUUUCCGGGGCGUGCAAUGAAGCGCUACUUGCCGUGAAGGUCAUUGCUCAAAAGGUCAUCGAGAAAACACAAGCUUCAACUGUUUGAGCAGAGAUUAGACUGUGAUUGUUAUUUUGGAAAUUGUUCCGAAUGCUCAAAUUUAAAUGUCACAAUUUCCUUAUCUUUCUCUGAAGUGUGUGACAUACGUGUUCAAAGCAAAUACAGUUUGAAUAGUUGCAUAACAUAACAGUGCAUAAAAAACAUGUUUCCCUUUCAUUUCUGCUCCUUGUGCGACUAUAAGACAUAAUAUUUGUUUAUACGUAUAUGUCCAAAGUGGGACCUGUUGCUCUUUUUUUUCUAGCCCCGCGGCACAUUGUGGAAUUAAAAUGUAACAAGGGGAAGACAUUGAGCAAAAAGGCACAAAAUAAUCAUGCUCAUAACUAAUACAUAAUACUAAUCGUUGUAAUAAUCAGCCUUUUUAGAAGAUGACAAAUAUCAAAUUGGCCUUUUUAAAUGUUUUCUUAAGCGGAACUUUGGUGCAAAAAAUGUGGACGGCCCAUGAUUAUGCCCAUAAUCAAGUUUUCUUUUUGGCAUAAAGAAAAAUAAUCUUUUUAAAUGUGUAUUUGUGUAUCAUUUAUCAAGGUCUGACCAAUCAAGAGUGAAGUUUGCCCUUUUAAAAGUGUCUUCUAAACUCUGUUAAUAUACAGUACAGUAUAUUCUUGCUCUUUUCAAAAUAAAAGACCACUUCAUUUUUGCAUGGA